GGUCCGGUCGCCGGCAGCCGCGCUGCUCGCCUCAUUCUGCCGGCAGACGCCGAGACGCCCGGACGCAUCUGCCGCUGCCGCUGCCGCUGCAAAGAAGUGGUGUGCCGGCGCGGAUGGAUGCGCAGCGGCGGGCGGCGCGCAGCUGGCUGUAGCAUGGGCGCGCGCGUGGCCAUGCUGCUGGUCGUGGCGCUGGCGGCGGCGCAGAAGCCCAGCCUGGGUGCGAGCCGCCGGCGCGACGUGUACAUCGCCGGGUUCUUCCCGUACGGCCGCCACGUGCCCGAGAGCCGCGUCGGCCGCGGCGUCAUGCCAUCUGUCAUGCUCGCCGUCGAUCAUAUCAACGAGAGCCCCACCGUACUGCGCAACUAUAUGCUGCACAUGUACUGGAACGACACAGAGUGCAACGCGGCGGUGGGCGUGAAGGCAUUCUUCGAUAUGAUGCACGGCGGGCCGCACAAGCUGAUGCUGUUCGGCGCAGCCUGCACACAAGUCACCGACCCCAUCGCCAAGGCGUCUCGCCGCUGGCAUCUCACGCAGCUAUCGUACGCAGACACUCACCCGAUGUUCACGAGCGACCACUUCCCGAACUUUUUCCGAGUGGUUCCCAGCGAGAACGCCUUCAACGCACCACGCCUCAAGCUGCUGCAGGAGUUCAACUGGACACGCGUCGGCACCAUCUACCAGAACGAGCCACGCUACUCGCUGGCUCACAACCGAUUGGUGGCCGACUUAGAUACUAUGGGAUUCCAAGUAGAAGAAACACAAAGCUUUGGAAACGAAGUCACGUCUGCCCUAGCAAAGCUGAAAGAGAAAGAUGUUCGUAUAAUACUGGGAAACUUUAACGAGUCCUGGGCGAGAAGGAUAUUUUGCGAAGCUAACAGACAUGGAAUGUACGGACGGAAGUACCAGUGGCUGAUCAUGGGGACGUACAGCGAGGAGUGGUGGAUGCGCGAAGACGACAUGCCGUGUCCUCUAACGGACCUGACGGCCGCCCUAGAGGGCUGCAUUCUCACCGACCUGCUGCCGCUCUCCACCAACGGCGAAAUCACUAUCUCCGGCAUUACAGCAGAAGAGUACCAGAUGGAGUACGACUCUCGGCGAGGCAACGAGUACUCUCGCUUCCACGGCUACACGUACGACGGCGUGUGGGCGGUGGCGCUGGCCAUCCAGCACGUAGCUCACCGCAUCCGGCACUUCCGCAAGAACCAGACCGUUGUCGACUUCCGUUACCGAGACCCACUCUGGGAGCAGCUCUUCCUCGAAGCUCUUCGCAACACCAGCUUCGAAGGCGUUACAGGACCUGUCAGAUUCUAUCACAACGAAAGGAAGGCCAAUAUAUUGCUCAAACAAUUUCAAAAUGGAUCGGAAGUAAAAGUUGGUGAGUUCAAUGGCGUCACCGAACAGUUAGACUUAACAAGGGGGCAUCCAAUAAAAUGGCAUGGCAAGUACCCUCCGAAAGAUCGGACAGUUCAGAUCUUUGAACAUUCACAUGUGAACAUUACUAUCUAUUCUCUGCUGGCGUCAGCGUCCUCCAUAGGUAUUGUAAUGGCCAUUACAUUCCUGGCCAUUAACAUCACUUAUAGAAAUCAGAGGUAUAUAAAGAUGUCGAGUCCAUAUCUAAACAACCUGAUUAUAAUUGGAUGUAUGUUAACGUACAGCAGUGUUAUAUUUCUGGGACUGGACUCCACCUUAACCAGUGUUGAAUCUUUUCCAUACAUUUGCACAGCGAGAGCGUGGCUUCUCAUGGCUGGUUUUUCACUGGCAUUUGGAUCCAUGUUUUCUAAGACCUGGAGGGUCCAUUCAAUAUUUACUGACGUGAAGCUCAAUAAGAAGGUUAUUAAGGACUAUCAGCUCUUCAUGGUAGUUGGUGUCCUCCUUGUUAUCGACCUGGCAAUAAUGACGACUUGGCAGGUGACUGACCCAUUCUACAGGGAAACCAAGACAAUGGAGCCGUAUCCGCACCCGUCGAGUGAAGAUAUACUUAUAGUUCCGGAAAACGAAUAUUGUCAGAGCGAAAGAAUGACGGUUUUCGUUGGCUCGAUUUACGCUUACAAAGGUCUUCUAAUGAUAUUUGGAGCAUUUCUUGCAUGGGAAACCCGGCACGUCAGCAUACCAGCGCUCAAUGAUUCGAAGUAUGUUGGGAUGAGCGUGUACAAUGUCGUCAUAAUGUGUAUCAUGGGAGCUGCAAUCUCCUUCGUUCUCUCAGACAAACAGGAUGCUUCUUUCAUCAUAAUUUCAGUAUUCAUUAUUUUCUGCACUACAGGAACCUUAUGCCUGGUUUUUGUUCCUAAGCUUAUAGAAUUGAAAAGGAAUCCCCAGGGGUCUAUUGACAAACGCAUACGCGCUACACUGCGCCCCAUGUCAAAGAACAGAAGGGAUUCUGCCGCUUCUGAACUUGAGGAGAAACUGAAGGAAGCAAAAGCAACAAAUCAGAAAUACAGGAAGGAACUUCUCGAACGAGAGUCAGAGCUGCAGAUGCUUGUGCGGAGACUGGGUGAUGAAGGGAAGGAUAUUCUUGAUUCUGAGGUCAACAUGGACCGUUUAGUUGUUCCUAGACAUGACAUACUAAUGAAGAAAGAAGCGCCUUCCGGCACGGAAACCACAGAAAUCAGCUCAUUGUGCUCACUGAACUCGUCUCAGGAUGGUGAAUACGUUAAUUUGACUGUCGAAAACAUGGCGCUAAGAAAGAAAUCAGUCGCCGGGAAAGCGGCUUCGAGUGCCGCUUCGUGCCCCAGCGAGACCGCUAUAGGCGCUGCUGCGCAGCCUGCACAUAAACAAAGCCACGAGCUACCUUCGGCGCUGAAAUCGAUUGCGGAGCAGAGAACGGCCGAAAGGCAGCAGACGGUGACGCGCGACGACGAUUCUGAGCCACUGAUUCUCCGCUCCAAGGCGGCGGAACACGGCCAGAGCAACGCACACUUCGUACCUGAAAGCGCCGAAGAGGACGCGGUCCGCAAGCCCGGGAAGGUGAGCGCCAUUCCUGGGGACGUACUGGAAGACCGCCCCCGCUUGCCGACGCCGCCGCUCACGCUGUGCAAAGUCGUGUCCUUCGGCGACGUGACGAAUUCCGCUCCGUACACGGAGAGCGAGGCCAUCGUGCCGCCGCCCAGACAGUUCUACGCCAAGCCGCAGGCCUCGGUGGCUCCGUCGCACAGCCGCCAGCCGUCGCACGCGCCGCAGCCGGCGGCCCCCAAGCAAGCCUGCCCGGCGCAGCACCACGCCCAACCCGCCAAACAGUACUCGGCUCAGACCGCGCCGCGCCGCCGCUCCAGCGUCAAGAGCACGUCCUCGGGAGGGUCCGCCAACGUGAACGUGUCCGUCAGUGCGCCCAAGCAGAGACGGACUAGCGUCCCCGCCACCCACGUCGCUGCGGAGCCGGCGCCGCCACCGGCGUACGGCACGCCCAGGGCCGCUGGCAAGUGCUACUCCACGGACAGUGACCGGAGUGAAAGAGAGUAUUCCAAAAGUAAAAUGUAUUUUAAGGAAGAGCCGGAACUUCCCACUUCGAGGCACCACUCCCACGUCGCUCUGGACGGCACAACCGCUCAUGCAGCUAGCAGGACAGUAACACCUUUAGUUAACGAUAGUGAUUUUGUAUUAUCAGCGAAUGCGUCGUCGCCGGACGUGCCAGGCAUGCUGAAGUCGAUCAGAGAUCACGAAGCUGACAGAUCUGAGUCCACAGUGAUCCAGCGAUCAGUCUCAGAGAAAAGUCAUGAAAGAUCAGCAGUAUCACACAGAACACCACACCAGUAUGUUCCACAAGAGGUGGAACCAGUUACAAAGAAGAGUCCUGCUGAUUUGAGAAACUGUAACAUUGAUGGAAUACCACCUCUGAAGCAACAGAAGUCAGCAAUGUCUCAUGUACACAGUACACCAAAUGUGGCUACAAUCCGUGGUGGACUGUAUUCAACAAUCUCAUCAUAUAAGCCCCAUGGAAAUUAUACAUCAUCUAAAACUGUUUCCUCAUCAUCUGUGUUGAAUGUCUCGGGAAUGUGCUCAGCAGUUUCAGAGGGAGAGCUUUUGGAUCUAGCAAUUCUCCCAAUUUUUCAAAAACUGUUGAGUGAAAGACAUAAAUCUAAAACUGGGUAUGGAGCAUCAAUUGCUUCUUGUCCCAAUAUUUCCAUAAAGUGUGACAUAGUUGAGUAUUUAUAGUUCCAAGUUAGAGACUGUGUAUUUGUUUAGAUGGAUGAUGUAAUGAAGUUUCAUGUGAAAAUAGAAAAUUGUUACAUGUGUGUUGAAAGUUCUAAAAUUUUUAUCUGAGUGAAUAUUCAGUCUAAUGUGAUGGAAAACACUUGAGUACCUCACAAAGAAGGCAUGCAUCUCAAAGAAAUUCACCAGAAUUUUUAUCUCUUACAAGUUAAAGAAGCAUGUUUAUGUGAGAAGCAAAAGUUAAACUACUAUGAUUUCUUAAAGUCACUGCUAUAAGAAACAUAUUGAAAACGAUGAAAUGAAUGUUGUUAUACUUAAAUGUUUUUGUUUCAAGGUGUUAUGUCAUAAUUACUGUUGCUGUUUUAGAAUGUAAAUUUUAUAUAUAUAUAUAACUGUUGAAUUGUUCAGAUGUACUCAAAAUGUUGUGUGACUGUGAUUUAAAUGCAUGUUUUUGAUCCUGUGUUUCCAUUGAUUAAGCCCUAGAGCAUAACAUGUUUUCAUUCACUUUUGCUGUUUAAUGACUUCUGGAUGUGCGCUUUAAAUGUUUUCGUAGAUUAGUCAUAUAUCGUAUUGUUUCAAGUGUUGUAAAUUUGAUUACAUACCAAUCUUCCCCAAAUUUGUUCACUACAUUCAGAGAGCUGUUAACAGCAAUCAUGAUUUUUUUUUUCUUGUAGACCAGUAACCUCUGUAUUAUAAAAGUGCUCACCAUUUGGAAAAUAUAAAUAUAUACAUAUGUGUGUUGGAAAAUGUACUCUAAUGUUAAAACUGAAUGUCUUGCUGCUUGCAACAGGGUGAUGCAGGUUCUGUACCUCUUAAGAUAAUCACUUGGGGAAGAACAAGCAUAUAAGAGUCAUAAACACUCAUUUCAUUAGACUAUUAGGCAUAUCAGAGUUUGUACAUAUUUUAAUGUCUUCGAAAGCCAUCAUGGUAGGGCCUAAAACUUCAAAAAAGGCAGGGAAGUGUCUGAGGAGUUGUAGUUCAGACCUUUCACUAAACUUGUGAGAAGAAAUAUUUUGUGUGUGGCAGAGCAUCCUUAUUCAUCUCAUGCUGGUUUCAGUUCAUCAAUCCAGAUAUAAUAAAGAAAUAUUUCUACAUAUGCCUUCACUACAUCUAAAAUUUCACCACUGUUGAUCCAUUACCAAAAAUUACAUAAUGCUGAAAAGGAAAUUAAAUCCUACCCAUAAGAAGUUUCAUCACGAAGCAUUUCAGCAAGCAAUUAUGUAAACACAGCAGUUUUGAAAUUUAUUUAUAAUUGCUACUGCUCCUAAGAUAAUGAGAUAUCAGGGUUCUGUAUCUGGCAUAUUCUUUAACUAUUAUAUUUGGAAAUGCUUCUGGGUCACUCUCACCAUCAUUUGCUUUCCAAAUAACUCAGCUUCUCAUUGAAAGUCUCUUUCUUACAUACAUUACCCUCACUACUAUAUUACCUACUGAAUGGUCUUCCUUUGCUGCUGGUGUACACGUCUUUACAAAUGCAGUCCUUUGUGUGUAAUAUUUUUAUACUGUUCACAUUUGUUACUGGCAUGUUUGUGGAUCUUUAUGAAGUUUUCAUUUUCUCAUACUGUAUGCUAUUCUACCAGUUAUUUAUUAUCAACAGGCAGUUUUAUAUUUAUCUUGCGAAGUUUAUUCCAAUAUUUCUCUCCUUUUAUACAAAUGGCAUAUACUAAGUUCUCACAUGAAAAAACUACACACUCUCAUCCCUAUCAUUAUAGUCUCAUUUCUCAUCUCAAGCAUUGGAGUUAAUCUUCACUGUCACCCAUUUUUUCAGACUCUCCCUAUACAUGUCUUCAAAGUAAACUGCUAGCAUCAAUUUGUACCUGAACAUUCUUGAUCAUAUAAGUAGAUAUGAGAGUUUCUCCUGUGAAAUUUUCUUCAAAAAUUUCUCCUGGCUGUGGGUUUUAAUUUUAUAUGUGUAAAAGAAUAUGCACUUUUCUGUGCCCAGCACAUGGUGUCUCCCAGCCAUGUGCUAUAUUAAAGAAUCAUUGCUCACAACUGUGUAGGCACAUAUAUAAGAAAAUCAUACAACUACUUAGAUCUGAUUUUACACCACUGUUUUAUAUAUGUGCUUAUUUGUAAGACCUGUGGUAUUUAAUAGUAACAAAAGCAAAUACUUUUUACUUGUCAUACAUCACUAGUUUAAAAGCCACAUAAUAACAGCAUGGUGACUUUUAAUUGUACCAUGGUGCAUUUCACUGACAUUUUGUUACAAUGCUGUAAGUGUUAUUAACUUAUAACAAUAUCCUAUGUGUACACCUUAUAAAGAAGUGAAUUUUUUAUUGUAAUAUAAGACAUCAGCAUGAUAACAUGAGAUCUACAGACUGGAGAAGAAAAACAAAACAAUUGAUCACUUCUCAUCUAUUUGUAAUUCUAACAAUGAAAUGCAAAGAGUCACAAAACUAAGCAUUACAAUCCCACACAGUAUUUGGAAUCCUCAGAGAAUAGCUGGUGCCUGGGAUAUGUACACUGUGCCAUUCUGAGAAAUAGCUUACUCAGUGGUAUAGUUGACCACAGCAAACAUAAAACCUGCACGACACAUUGCACAUUGUAAAAAGAAUGACUAACCAGCUCCUAUUAUCUGAGAGAGCAGGAAUACUUUCCUUUUCUAGCAUGUGGCAGAGGACCAGGUGCCAAGUUAUCCUCUUCAUACUGUAAUUUUGUCAGUCCAAGACACUUCACAAAAAUGUACUGGCAUAAAUACUUACUCUCUUGUAAGCUUUGUGGCUCCAAUCACAUAUGCCUCACUAUCCAUACAAUGGUUCAUGGAGUAUGGCUGUAGACAAAGUUGAUGUUAAGGGGCAACUCUCUUAAUUGUAAAUGACACUACUAUGUGUCCUAAUAUAAUAAAAUGAAAUAUAUUCUGAAAAUCAGAAUACAUAUCAUAGAAUCAAAGGUGAUAAGAAUAAUGCCAUAUGUUGGUAAAAGCCAAGGCUGUAGUGCUAAUUUUAAGUUGAGUGAAAAAGUCUUGAAUAACAAAAAAAACUGUUUCUAUCUGUAGCUCUAGAACCAAAUUCAAAUUAAGAGUUUUGAUUUUGGGGUCACUACUUACCAGUGAAAAUAUAAAUCACUGAAGAAAGAAAAAUCAUCUUUUCUGUCACUUCAGAUCCCUUCAGAUGUGGUUACAUUAUUUCUCCAUUGCUAUUACCAUCUACUGUCAUGGAUAUUUUGUUCUUGUUCUGAAAUACAUUAAAAAUAAAUACAAUGUAAUGGAAGAAGAUAAAUUUCUUUAUCUACAUCAAUAUUCAGUAGCAGUACAAGUGUGCUGGCCUCAGAGGUGAGAAGAGAAAAACUAAAGCAAAAUUCUUAAACUGUGUUAUAUGAGCACACUAAAGAAGAAUACACAUGAACAGAAUAAAGUGACUUAUGUAAUAGCAAUUUUAACAAUAAUGUUACAAUGUUGAGUCUGCUGUUGUGUCUAUGAGAGAUAUUUAUUACCAAAUACUGCUUUGAUAUGUGGGUGUGCAGACUAUCAGCUAGAGGAUGUGAGUAGAGGCUUCACAUGCAUAAGUGUGUGUUUGUGUAAUUGGAUAAGUAGGUGGUAUGUUAUAAGACAUCAUAUUGUGCUAACAGCCUGGUGGUAUACAUGUAUAUAUUUUGUAGAUUACACACUGAGUUAAUACGAUAACAAAAGCAAUUUUGUCAAAAAGAGCAUUUUGUUUGAAUAUGCAGAUGUUAUACACUUUCAGUUCUUGUCAAUUCAGUACACUGAUUAAGCAAAUUGAUGAAUGGAAAUUUUCUGUGUCUUUCCCAUUGGAAGUUCUGCUAAGGGUAAUUAAAUAUAAUUAUGUCUGAACAUGCCAGCAUGUUUUGAGGAAGCUUAGCCUAGAAAAAGAAUGUAAAACAAAGAAGCAAAUGUUGAAGAGGAUUGUUAAAAUUCAUACACUGUGUAGUAAAAUUCAAAAGAUGCUACUAGAGCUGUAAGAUGGAAUCUUAAACUCCAUUGGAGAUGAUACAAUAUAUGAAACUCACUGCAGUAACACAAAUGCAGUUACUGUAAAUGAGUGCAUUAUUAAUGACAUAACAAAAGAAAACAGUGAUUUUAGUUCUCAAAAGCCAAUAUGUGUUCUUUGUGGUGUUUGUUGUGUUGAAUCAUAAUAAAAGAUGGUUUUGACUAUCAAAAA